AUGUCUCUUCCCCUUAAUGAACAUGACCCAGAGUUGUUUGACAUCAUCGAGAAGGAAAAGGCUCGUCAGUACCGCAGUUUGGAACUCAUCGCCUCAGAGAAUCUCACAUCUCGUGCCGUGAUGGAAUGUCUCGGUUCAUGUCUCACGAAUAAAUACGCAGAGGGAGAGUGCGGUAAUCGUUACUAUGGUGGAACGGAAUAUGUGGAUAUGGUGGAAAAUGCCGCGAAGACUCGUGCCUUGCAGGCCUUCUCACUAGAUGAGAAUGAAUGGGGUGUGAAUGUACAACCCUACAGUGGAUCACCAGCCAACUUCGCCGUUUACACAGCACUUCUACAACCGCAUAGUCGAAUUAUGGGACUGGAUCUCCCCUCUGGUGGUCAUCUCACACAUGGUUUCUACACAGCAAAGAAGAAGAUCAGCGCCACAUCUGUGUAUUUUGAAUCCUUUCCCUAUAAAGUGGAUGCGGAUGGUGUGAUUGACUACACACAUCUUGAGGAAUUCAGUGAGGUGUUUCGACCGGCAAUGAUUAUCAUAGGUGCUUCUGCAUAUUCACGUGAUUAUGAUUAUCCACGUGUGCGUGCCCUCUGUGAUCAUCUUGGAUGUUUACUCUUUAUGGAUAUGGCUCAUACCGCCGGACUGAUUGCGGGUGGUGUGCUGCAGUCACCAUUUCCCUAUGCUGAUAUAGUGUCCACCACCACACAUAAAUCUCUACGUGGCCCACGAUCGGGAAUGAUUUUCUUCCGCAAGAAGGAUCGCAAUGGUAAUCCCACAGACUUUGAGAGUCGUGUUAAUCAGGCAGUUUUUCCUGGAUUACAAGGUGGACCACAUAUGCAUCAAAUUGCAGGAAUUGCGACACAAAUGAAAGAGGUAUGUGAUCCGGCAUGGAAGACAUAUGCACAACAAGUUGUACGUAAUGCGAAGACCUUGGCGGCGGAAUUAAUUGCACGUGGUCAUCGUCUGGUAUCAGAAGUGACAGAGAAUCACAUUGUGUUGUGGAAUGUCCGUCAUCUCGGGUUAACAGGAAAUAAGGUGGAGAAGUUAUUGGAUCUUGUUUCUAUCAGUGCAAAUAAGAAUGCCAUUCCUGGAGAUAAGAGUGCCCUUACACCGGGUGGAGUGCGACUCGGCACAUGUGCCUUAACCACACGUGGAAUGGUGGAGUCUGAUAUGGCACAAGUGGCGGACUUUCUUCAUCGUGCGGCCACAAUUUGUGUGGAGUUGCAAUCGCAAGUUGGGCCUAAACUGAAAGAUUUUGUGGAGGCGAUGCAUGCAAGUGAAGCCGUGCGGCAGCUGCGUGUUGAAGUGGAACGCGUGGCGACAUCACUUUAUAUUCCUGGUAUUGACUGCAACACCCUCCGGUAUAAGGAUGGCAUUCCAGAGACUGCAUAG